UGCGUGGACAGAAACAUGCUCCACGAGUGUCAGCUGCUGAAUGAGUGGGUCAUUCUCGAUAAUACGAACAUGAACACACGCUGCGAUCAACACCACCCACUGCCACCAGCAAUGUCCGCCUGGCUGUGUUGCUCGCCACUCGCUCACUCAUUAAGUGCCUGUCUCGCCUGGACUUUCUGGCCUUCUUAAACCGGCUCUUGCGCACCUCGCACCACCCAUCGCCGCCCACACGCACCAUCCCCUCCUGCCCUUCCUUCUCCUUCUGUGUGGUGGACGUGAUGGACAUGGCACUGUCACUCGACGUCGAACUGAGCUGCGACAGACUCUCAUCAGCGUCACGCGACUGAGGCACACCCACGCACACGCACCCCAACACCAACAGAUGAAGAGACGGAUGGCUCUGUGCGUGUGCCGUGCAUCGUGUGUGUGGACCUCAUCCAGGUGCGAUGCGGGGACGUCGUGCAGCUUGCGCUUGGGGGAGGCCGACAACCUGAGCAGACACGAUCGGAUGGAUGGCCCCACAAAGAAUGGCGGUGUUGUCUGUCGUCCACCUACGUGCGUGGCCGGUCUUUGGUGUCGGUAUAGGAUGUGGUGUUUGGGCUGGUGGAGGUGGAGGUGGGAGGAGGGUCCUGCUCGUGACAACCGAUAGCCGAGUACUGCGACACACACGCAGCCUCGUAGUCGUAAUCGUCGAGGACAAGGUCUUCCUGACGUCGCAGGCAUUGUACGGAAGAGAGAGAGACGCUCGUCCGUCUUUGUGAUAAUCUGCGUACUUGUGUGUCGUUGGUUGGCUGUAUGUGAGUGUGUGUUGCAUCGUCCGUGUCGCCGAUCAUGCUCAACAGCCGAUGAAUCGCGCGGCUCGUGUAGGGAUCCUCCACCGCGCGACCCGACGCCUCAAACGCACACACAGUAGUCUGAAACACAGAACAACCCGCCACACCACACCACACACAGUCGUGUGCAUACCAUGCUUAUGUCUCCUUUGGCUGUGUGCUGACCUGCCGAUCGAUGUCAGCCUCGCCACUGUCGUCUUGCUCAUCAUCCCGUUCCAGGGUGAUGAUGGAUCUCGACGUCUCGUCGCUGCGCACCAGAACCACACUGCAUCCACAAAGACACACAAAUGACAAAUGGGGGUGAGGUCUCGAGAUGUGUGUGUCGUGUGCCUUUGUGUGUAUACGUGUCGUCUUUGGAUAGAUCCAUGGUCCAUGAGGUGCCGUCGUCGCAUGUCAGCAGAUCAUCGAAGCUCCUCAGACACAAACAGACUUGCUGCAGGAAAUCCAUCCAUCCAUCCAUCCAUUCAUCCAUGCGGUCGGUGUGUCUUGGAGUGUGGUGUCGGCUGACCGAGUGCAUGAUAUCGAGUGUGGGCUCGAUGCCCUCCAUCCCCUCACGCAUACGAUAGUCGUGGAUGAAACGAACCUGACGCAGGCUCACAGAGACACAGGUAAGCUGCCGCAAGUGUGUGUUUGCGUGUGUGUACUUUGACGAUGUCUGGCACGGCGGAUCUGUUGUCGACGCCAAUCUCGCCCUCCUCACGCUCCAACUUACUGCAUGUACCACACACAGACGUACAUGCGAGGCGGAACCUUUGUGUGUGAGUGUAUUGGUCGCAAUAGCACCAUCUGACGUAGUCGAUGGCUGCCCACACACGAGCAACAGUGGAGGGAAGCCAUCAAAACACAGGCUGGCCAAGUUGUUUCGGUUGUUUGUUUGCUUGCCUUGCAUCUCCUGCUGCCCGUCGCCGAUGACGACAGCACGCCCCACCACACCGUCCACCUUCUCAAACACCUGAGCAAAUGCCUCCUCCUGCACAACCACACACACACAGAGCCGCAAACCAACGAAUGAAUGAUAGAGUGGUCUGUCGCCCUCACCCUUGCCCCAUGCUUUUCUGACCUUCCAUGUGUAUGGUGUCGUCUUGCCGCUGAAGAGGUCGCGGGCAGAGAUGAUCUCCACACCUUCCUCGAUGAGCAGGCCCCACAGCCGCGGCAUGAAAUCCUGCAUGGUGUCCCUGAUCCAUGGCAUUCUGCCGUUGCUGACAAUCACCACCACACUGCGGCAACAUCCGCCCAGCCCGCCGUCGCCGCCACAGGCCUUGCUGAUGAGGUCCAGGCAGGCGCUCUCGUGGUCGAAGAUGGCCGUGGCGAAGCAGCUGUUGACCUUGUAUCGUUUGUCGUACUGCUGCGUGGUCAUCCACGAUGUGUAGAAGAGCGUGUCGUCAUAGUCGAGCAGCCACAGGGUGAUGGGGUGUUGCGGACGGGCAGCUGGACGGGCAGGGGAGGUGCCGCCAGUGAUCUCCGCCAUCGUAUGACGAGCUAGCGCGGCCUCUUCAACACUGAUGGCUCCACAAACGAUUUGCAAAGAGAAAAACCAACUCCGAGC